AUGUCAUCUGUGUUUUCACCUCUAUGUCCAUCGCCUAUCAAGAUUCGCAUUCGUGAAGGGACAAUCCGGCACAUCUUCAAGGGUCACAGGAAGGACUUCCAGCACGCGACCGGAGGAGCAAAUAAUUGGAACACUGUCCAGAGAAACGUGGCGAAUUAUCUGAAGUCAAUGAUUUUAAACUCGACACACCUCUUCAUCACAGAUAAACUAACAACUCGAACGGACGCGCUCCUCAUGUACCUUCGUCGACCCGGAGACGUCAUGUUCCAUCGGAUUCCAAUUGCUCAGGAUCACGUGGAGAAGAUUUGCAUUCGUGAUGGCACUCCCCGCCACAUUUUCAAGAAGCACUGGAAGGACUUCCAGCACGCGACCGGAGGAGCGAAGGAUUGGAACAUGAUCGAGAAAAACGUCUCGAGUUAUCUGAAAGAGAUGAUUUUGAGCUCGACUCAACUCUUAUUCACGGAUGAGCUGGUGACUAGGGAGGACGAACUGCUCCUCUACGUCCGCCAACCAAGAGACAAGAUGUACCACCGUAUAACUCUUGCCCAGGAUGAGGCGGAAGAACAUGUGUACAACGUGAGCACCGCCUACAAGCUGUGGAUCAAUGAGGGGGUGCAAUUCGCUGGAAAAUGGAAACAUUUUGAAUCUCAAUAA